UGAUAUCAUGCUCUUAACAUUUUUUAUUUGUAUUUGCCACGUUUCAAAACACAUUUGAUAUGUACAAAUUAACACUACUUAAGAAUUUCAUAGUUUGAUACAUUAACCCAGAAGAGAGUGAAAAUGGCUGAGGAAAUAAUUCAUGUAGUGAUGCUUCCAUGGUCUGCAUUUGGCCACUUGAUACCAUUUUUCAAACUUUCAAUAGCCUUAGCCAAAGCUGGUGUUCAUGUCUCCUACAUAUCAACCCCCAAAAACAUUCAAAGGCUUCCUAAACUUCCUUCAAAUCUAUCACAUUUGAUAGAUUUGGUGGAAAUUCCAUUACCAUCAUUUAACACAAACCUCUUGCCAAAAGAAGCUGAAGCAACUAUGGACAUUCCAUUUGAUAAGAUUCAGUACUUAGAAGAAGUAUAUGAUCAACUCCAGCAUCCGGUGAAGAGGUUAGUAUCCAAUUGGUUACCUAAUUGGAUUAUAUGUGAUUAUAAUCCUCAUUGGAUAGUAGAGAUUGCGCACGAGUUACAUGUAAAGCUAAUAUACUAUUCUGUUGUUUCGGCCGCAACAUUAGUGUUCCUUGGACCACCAAGUAACACGAUGAAAUCUCGAUUCUCGCCGGAAAGUUUAACCUCGCCGCCGAAAUGGGUGACGUUUCCAUCAUCGGUUGCUUAUAAAAGAAAUGAGGCAAUUGCUUUUUCUAAUAGUGUUCAUCAGGAAACUAAUUCUGAGGUUAGUGGCAUCGAAAGGCUUGUCAAGGUAAUUUGUGCUGCUAAAGCUGUAAUUUGUUGUAGUUGCUAUGAGAUUGAAGGUGAAUAUCUGAAUCUAUACAAGAAACUAGUUGGUAAGCCUGUGAUUCCUAUAGGUCUGUUGCCUGUAGAGACGCCACAACGAAAAUCAGGGUCAGAGAGUGCGAUAUUUGAGUGGCUUCAUAAGCAAGCAACUAAAUCGGUUGUUUUUGUAGGGUUUGGGAGUGAAUGCAAAUUGAGCAAGGAACAGGUUUCAGAAAUUGCUUAUGGACUUGAAGUGUCCAAAUUGCCAUUUUUAUGGGGACUGAGAAAGCCUGAUUGGGCAAGCAAUGAUCAAGAUUUUCUACCUAUUGGGUUUAGUGAAAGGACGUGUGAGAGAGGACUUGUUUGUAUGGGAUGGAUACCACAACAAGAGAUUUUAGCACAUUCAUCUAUUGGUGGAUCUUUGUUUCAUUCUGGAUGGGGUUCAGCAAUUGAAACAUUGCAAUUUGGAAACAACCUUGUUGUGUUACCAUUCAUUGUCGAUCAGCCUCUUAAUGCAAGGCUUUUGGUGGAUAAAGGAUUGGCUAUUGAAGUUGAAAGAAAUGAAGAUGGAACUUUCACUAGACAUGAAAUUGCUAAAUCACUUAGAUAUGCAAUGGUGUUGGAAGAAGGAGAGGAGCUUAGAGCUAAGACAAGAGAAGCUGCUGUAAUUGUUGGAAAUUUGAAGCUGCAUCAGGAUCAUUACAUAGCAGAAUUUGUCAAAUUUCUCAAGGAUGUAAUCAAGAAAGGCAUAUGAAGUAUAAGAGAAUAUAAAGGUGAAAUAUAUUUUGAUGUUUGUGUAAGACUUGUGUAAUCUAUAAUUUGGUGUUUGUAAACAUUCAAAGGCUUCCUGAACAUUUGGUAGAUUUUAUGACCAACAUAUCUUGCUCAUAAAUGUAUAAUUUUU